AACUUCACCGAUGUAUUCGAAUUCGUAUUUGUCUGCAUCUGGAAUUUUUGGUCGAGCGAAUUGGUCUACUUAAUGCUUGAGUAGUCCUUGUUUUCCACGUAAACCCAAUGCGACCCUGACCUAUUUAUUUAGCCCAUCUAUUUCUUUCUAUUUCCCCAUUCCAUUGUGAUGGAGUCGACUGAACUGAACUGACUGUUGUUCGAAACUUAUUUGCAUAUUAUGUCCUUCACAGGCAGUUACACAAUCACACGUGCAGACGUCAUGCCCACGUCACUCAUCGUUGUGUCAUCAGUUGGAAAAGCAAGUGCACAGGAAAAAUGAAGGGUUAUUUUGUAAAUAACCAAAUGGCCCUGUCUGGCUGUCGCCUCUGCCGGAGUGGUGCCCUCCGAGUCCGCCAGGGCUGUCCCAGUGAAGGACAUGCCCCGCGCCGGCAAGAUCGAGGGUCGCAUUACCAAUGGAUACCCGGCCUACGAGGGCAAGAUUCCCUACAUUGUGGGACUGAGCUACCACACCUGGGUCCUGACCGCAGCCCACUGCACGAACAGCGCCAACCAUGUGCUCAUCUACUUCGGAGCCAGCUUCCGGCACGAGGCCCAGUACACCCACUGGGUGAGCCGCAGCGACAUGAUCCAGCACCCCGACUGGAACGACUUCCUGAACAACGACAUCGCCCUGAUCCGCAUUCCCCACGUGGACUUCUGGAACUUGGUCAACAAGGUGGAGCUGCCCAGCUACAACGAUCGCUACAACAGCUUUUCCGGCUGGUGGGCAGUGGCCUCUGGAUGGGGUCUGACCGACAACAACAGCGGCAUGUCCAACUACCUGAACAGCGUCGAUGUCCAGAUCAUGGACAACAACGACUGCCGCAACUACUACGGUGGCAACUACGUCAUCGACAACACCAUCUGCAUCAACACCGACGGCGGUAAGUCCUCCUGCAGCGGUGACUCCGGCGGUCCCUUGGUCCUGCACGAUACCAACCGCAUCGUGGGCAUCGUAUCCUUCGGCAGCGGAGAGGGCUGUACCGCCGGCCGCCCCGCCGGAUUCACUCGUGUCACCGGAUACCUGGACUGGAUCCGCGACCACACCGGCAUUGUCUACCAAGAACUGUGAUUUAAUAAAGCCAUCAUAUAAAAAACUA